GCUUUUUCCAAGCCUCCAGAGUGGCCCUGCAGCGUCCGCGCAGCCCUUGCCCCCGCGCAAGUUGUCCGCGGCGCGGGGGAGUGGGGGCGACGGAGAGACCCCGGCAGCCCCGCGGAGGGGGCGAGUGCCCGGUCACCACGAGCCCCAGGUCUGCGCCCAGCUGCUGCCCGCUCCACCGAACCUUUUACCCCGCCCCCACUCACCCGGCUCAGCCCCUAGGAGAGACGCGCAGGAAGCGUGUUGCUUCGCCCCGCAGAUCCGCAGAAGUUGAGAGGAGUUGGCGGCAGCCUCGGGCCGGCUGGACUUUGCGAGCAGCCGGGGAGAGACGCCGCCACCGCGGAGCCUUCCGGGCUGCCUCCCUCCUGCUGAGUCCGCAGCGAGGGUGGAGAGGGGCGGGGAGGGGGUCGGGUGCGCGAGAAGAACUUGAAACUGUGUGAAGGAAUCCGAAGCAGAAGAAAAGGGAAGAAAAUAAAACAAAGUGGAGACUGCAAGAAAGACUCAACCGUGGUUGAUUGUAUCGGCUGACGCUCCGGCAGAGGGGCUGGGUUGAGGGUAUUUUUUUCCUUCCUCCCAUUCUCUCUUUCUCUCUUUUAAAGCUACACCAGGUCUCUUUCUCUACUAUCUUUGCACCACCAAACCCUUGCUGGCUCUUAUGGGCAUGAAACACUCCUCCCGCUGCCUGCUCCUAAGGAGGAAAAUGGCGGAGAACGCUGCCGAGAACACCGAGGUGAGCAGUCCCCCCUCUCAGCCCCCUCAGCCUGUGGUCCCACCCAAGCCUGUGCAAUGUAUCCAUCAUGUGUCCACUCAACCCAGCUGUCCAGGACGGGGCAAGAUGUCCAAGCUGCUGAACCCAGAGGAAAUGACCUCAAGAGAUUAUUACUUCGACUCCUAUGCCCACUUUGGGAUCCACGAGGAGAUGCUGAAGGAUGAGGUGCGGACACUCACUUACCGGAACUCCAUGUACCACAACAAGCACGUGUUCAAAGACAAAGUGGUGCUGGAUGUUGGGAGUGGUACCGGGAUCCUUUCCAUGUUUGCUGCCAAAGCAGGAGCCAAGAAGGUGUUUGGGAUUGAAUGUUCCAGUAUUUCUGACUACUCAGAGAAGAUCAUUAAGGCCAACCAUUUGGACAACAUCAUCACCAUAUUUAAGGGUAAAGUGGAAGAGGUGGAGCUGCCUGUGGAGAAGGUGGACAUUAUCAUCAGCGAGUGGAUGGGCUAUUGUCUCUUCUAUGAGUCAAUGCUCAACACAGUCAUCUUUGCCAGAGACAAGUGGCUGAAACCUGGAGGGCUUAUGUUUCCAGACCGGGCAGCAUUGUACGUGGUAGCAAUUGAAGACAGACAGUACAAGGACUUCAAAAUCCACUGGUGGGAAAAUGUCUACGGCUUUGACAUGACUUGCAUCCGGGACGUUGCCAUGAAGGAGCCCCUGGUGGACAUUGUGGACCCAAAGCAAGUGGUGACCAAUGCCUGUUUAAUAAAGGAAGUGGAUAUUUACACAGUCAAGACGGAAGAGCUGUCGUUCACGUCUGCCUUCUGCCUGCAAAUCCAGCGCAAUGACUACAUCCACGCCCUGGUCACCUAUUUUAAUAUUGAAUUUACCAAGUGCCACAAGAAAAUGGGGUUUUCCACAGCCCCUGAUGCCCCCUACACCCACUGGAAGCAGACUGUUUUCUACUUGGAAGAUUACCUCACUGUCCGGAGGGGGGAAGAGCUCUAUGGGACCAUCUCCAUGAAGCCAAAUGCCAAAAAUGUGCGAGAUCUCGAUUUCACAGUAGACUUGGACUUCAAGGGACAGCUGUGUGAAACAUCUGUAUCUAAUGACUACAAAAUGCGUUAGCACACGUGGGAUGCUGCAGAGAGUGAGCAAGAAAACAUUCCCACCUUGAUCUGCGGCACUGUGACAAGGAAUACUGUUUGCAGGACUACACACUGAAUAUCAGAGGUUUAAACUCUGCCUUGAAGAUUGGGGAACUCACCAGGGCUCCCAUGGGCUCUGACACUGGACAGGUGGCCUCUGGCUCCUCAGCUCUGCUCUGUGAGCCCUUCACAAAGGCUUUGCUGUCGCUGAUCAAGAGUGACCUCGUGGCUGGGCCUGGGGACAGAACGUACCCAUGUAUCCCCAUUGUCCUCCUGUACUGUGAAUCUCCGGAUCUUCCAAGUUUUGCAUGCUGCAGGCAUCUAGGGCAGAUCGCUUCACUAGAACCUGGAGGCUAGUAUCUUUGAUAGCAUAAGCCAGAUUCUGUCUGUUAAGUGGUGUGUGGGUGUGUGUGUGCAUACCGCAUAUACAGUUGUUUAUUUACCCACAACACUGUAUAUGCACGCACUUACAACCACUGGGUUCACCCAUGUGUUCAUUCAGGGCGUGUGUGCGCACAUGUGCAUAGAAUAUAUAUUACUCUCAGAGGAGAUCUUGUGGCUUUCGAAUAGGACUUUGUUUUGUGAUUAGCUCUCCCCUCCCCCAUCCCUUACCAGGUGUAAGCAGCUAUGAAACGUUCUCUGUACUAGCUCUGGUCUCCUUUUGACUAGACCAUGGCUCCGAACCUGAGCAUAGUACCACGUACUCUGUGGGCGCUCAAUAAAUGCACAUGACAGUGAACCAAUGGGAUGGCUGUGUUCCUGGUGCCCUAGGAUUGGGAGGGCUGGGCUAGGAUGUCAAAGGCCAUAAGGAACAGAAGUCAAAGGAGCAGCACCUUGGUUGCUCCCUGCUCCAUAAAGGUAAGGUCCUCGGUAGGUGUAGCUGUGAAGUCAAGACUGGCUGAAAGGCACCUCCCUAUAGACUCUCAGGGGAUAGGAAGAGUGUUCUAGAGCAGGGGUGGGAGGGCAUGAGCUAACCAAGAGUGCUCUAGAAGCGGAGGCCACAUGUAGCCUAAAGGGCAGCCAAGGUUGGGAGUAAUCCAUGAUGUGCAUGCUGCUGGGAGGGCCAGGAGAAAGCAGGAGAUGGUGGCUGAGCUUGUGGUCCUGAAUCACUGGGCAGAGACUGGCACAGGGACUGAGGGAAAGGCUAAUAGGCCAGUGAAGGGACAUUUCUUGUGUAGGAUGCUGAGAGUUUGCAGCACCACACAAGGUGUGAAUGAUCUCGUCACUGCCCCUCACCUCUGGGCCAAGGUCUGGCCUGGCCUGUCACCUUGCUCAUCAGCAGGAGCCCACCCAUCUUGAACAGACUUCCCAGUGAGCUCAGGCAAAAGCCAUUUGGUCCUUGAGGUGACACCCAGUUUCUCAUCACAGUUCCCUUCCUCAGUGUCAUUGGUAAAUCUAUAGUCCUCUCAAGUUCUUCAUCCCUGCCACCUCUAAGAUUUUAGACUCUAUUCCUAUCAUGGAGAGGGCGGAACCAGAUGAAAGACUUCUGUGACUGGGAUUGGCUACAGAGGAAAAGGAUGGGAUCCUCACCUGUGGACAGGGACCCAGGCCUAGCUGC